GUUAAAAAAAGAUAACAAACAACACAAUUGGUAAGAAUGAGAAAGCCCGAUCUAAUGGGGAAAGAGAGAGUGAACAGUAAUAAUAAUAAUAUUAAGGCAAAGCUAAGAAAAGGCUUAUGGUCACCAGAAGAAGAUGAGAAGCUGAUGAAAUAUAUGCUAACAAAUGGACAAGGUUGCUGGAGUGACAUUGCAAGAAAUGCUGGCUUGCUGAGAUGUGGAAAGAGUUGUCGUCUUCGUUGGAUUAAUUAUUUAAGACCUGACCUUAAAAGAGGUGCUUUUUCUCCUCAAGAAGAAGAACUUAUCAUCCAUUUGCAUUCCAUUCUUGGCAACAGGUGGUCUCAAAUUGCGGCUCGUCUUCCUGGAAGGACAGAUAACGAAAUAAAGAAUUUUUGGAACUCAACGUUAAAGAAAAGAUUGAAGCUUAUUGCUAACAACACCACCAACAAUAAUAAUAAUAUUCCUUCCACAACCUCACCAAUCGACAGUGAUCUUUCUUCAGAACCUAAUGGAGCUGUCGUAUUAGGAAAUAUCAUGCCCAUGCAUGAUCAUGACCUAAUGACUAUGUGCAUGGACUCAUCUUCCUCAUCAUCAGCAUCUAUCCAAGCCAUGGCCGCCGGAGCUGGCACCGGAAAUCACUUUGAUCCUUUCUUCAUGUUUAAUAACAUGAGCGGAGCGGCUGGAGGUGUUUUUGACAUGCACACAUGCUUGACACAGGUUGGUAUGAGUGGAGAUGGAUUAUUAUAUGGCGAUUAUGCGAUCUUAGACAGUGAUGAGAAUAAUAAAUUAGGGUUAGAAAGAGACCUCUGUCUUCCUCCAUUAGAGACUAGUAGAAGUAUUGAAGAGAAGAAGAUUAAUAAUAAUAACAAUGCUGUAACUAAUCACAGCAUUAAGAGCACGAAAAGCAAUAUCAACAACAACAACCACUUAAAUAAUGAUAAUACUUGCUUCAAUAACACUGAUCAUCAUCAGAGCUUCAAAGUAGAGGACAUGUUUGGAAUUCAUGAAAACCAAUGGCAAGGAGGAGGAGAAAACUUAAGAAUGGGAGAAUGGGAUUUGGAAGGUUUGAUGGAAAAUAUUUCUUCUUUUCCUUUUCUUGAUUUCCAAGUUGAAUAACUUUCUCCCUUAUAAAGCAACCCUCAACCCUAAUUAUAUGUGUCCUAGAAAAUUUAGGACAUAUAUAAAUUCUUUUUCAGAUCACCUAAAACAAAAUACAAAAUUCUUCUUCAUGCUCUCUCUCUCUCUCAAAAACCCUUUUUUCCUUUCUUUUUCCAGUUUUAUAUAUUGUACUUGUUUUUUUUCUCUUUCUCUACAUAUAAAAAAACCCUAUUUUCUUUCUUUCUUUUCUUUGUAUGCAAUAAAUAUUAGGGUUGGAAGAGAUCAAGAUUCUUGUAUAAGAUGUAGUUCAGGUCAUUUCUCUGUCAGGUAUUUUUCUUGGAACGGAUUGGUGCAAAUUAAAAUCACUGUUCCAAUGAAGAGAAAUUGUGAAUAGGAUAUACAGAUGAGAAAGUUGUAGAGAGAAAGGAAAUAAAAGAUUAAUGAGUUGGUGAAUAAUUGUCUGUAGUUAAUUUUUUCAUGUACAAAUUAAGAAGGAAAUAAUGAGAAAAAGGGGGCUUUUGUACUCUUAGUGCAAGCUCAAGAGGAUACGAUAGACACUUUGUAAACACAUCUUAAUAAAAAAUUUCAUGCAACUUCAUUGCAA